AUGCGUGCAAACCGGAAGUGGUUCAAUGUGAGCAAAUUCCGAUUAUUACUCUCUUCGUCAUCAUCCUACUGCUAUCGGAAUGGUUAUUGCUUCGACAAGAGCACUCCCUACCUGUUAUUAUCAACAACAUCACAUCAUUACCACCAUUGUUCCACAUUUUUCAACACUAACCAUGGUUUGAAAUUGCAAAAUAUUGCCUCUUCAGAAACAAGCGAAGCUUUCGAUGAUGUUAUUCUAGAUGAAGAGCAAGAUCAACAACAAGCACAAAAUAUCAUUAUAUCGUUUGAUCCACUCACACUACAAAAGAAAUAUACAUAUACCUUUGGAGGAAUUCCAGUUCCAUCUCCUCCUUUCGAAAUGAGUCCUCCAAUUAUUUUGGAUAGUGUGGAUACAGCAGCGCGAAAACUCCAAGGAGACAUACCAGUAACUUUUUCAGAUAUUGAAUAUAUUUUUCGAAAAGAGGAAUCUAGAUUGGAAUUUUCAUGUGGCUCCGUUGACGAAUUUCCCAACGAGAAUCCAGAAAUGCCACAAAUUGCUUUUGCUGGAAGAAGUAAUGUUGGAAAAUCAAGUUUGUUAAAUGCUUUGGUGGAUUCGGAUCGAUUGGCUCGUGUUUCAGCAACACCCGGCCACACAAAACGAGUGAAUUAUUUUAAUAUGAACAAUUUAUUAUAUGUAGUCGAUUUACCUGGUUAUGGAUUUGCAGAGGGAAAUGUUGAAAAGAUCCGAGAUUGGAAUGUAGUAUUUAGGGAAUAUUGUGUUAGAAAUUCAAUGUUGAAAAGAGUAUUUAUUUUAAUAGAUGCUCGAUAUGGAAUAUAUGAACAAGAUUGUGAAUUUAUGGACAUGUUGGAAGAGGCUGGAAUUUCCUAUCAAAUUGUUUUGACGAAAUGUGAUAAGGUUUCUUCAGAACAUUUAAAUGAAAUGAUGAACUUUUUAUACAAUGAAAUGAAAUCAGCCAAGAUAUUUAAAGCCUGUUUUCCAUACAUUUUACCAACAAGUUCUGAAAAGAUGAUCGGAAUUCAAGACGUGAAAGCAGCAAUUAUUAGAGCGAGUGGAAUUUUAGAAAGCGGAGCGUUAUUUUCACGAACAGAACGAGAAGCAAUGGCAAGUCGAAUGGAAAAUAUUCUCAAGAGUGAUUUUCCAGACCAUCCUUACUUCAAGUUGAGAGACCAAGUGUUGAAAAGCGCACAAAUCACUGCUCAAAAUCAAGAAAAAUACUCUACACAAAGACCAACUCCUCAGCAAAAUGUGGAUAUCAAUCAACCAGGUGAUCCAUCUCAGCAUGGUGACCUCCAUACGAAACGAGAACAAAAACAGGCUGCUUCAGGAAAAAAGUUGACACCCACUCAGGAGAAAAUGUUGGAAAAAGCUAAAAAAGCAAAACAAGAAAAGAAAAACAAAGUGAAUCUGUGUAGUAAAUAUUGGCAACUGAUCGAUAAUGGUCUCAUUCGUUUACCAAUCCUCUCACCCUACAUUGCCGGAGACAAUGCAGAACUAUUCACCGAAUUGGCCCGGAAGGAAAUGCAAAGUCACAAUCAUGAUGAUCCAAACGUUGUGGUGGACACAACCCAUCAACCAUGCUUUUUCACCAUUUCAACACCUGGGCGAAAUACCUUUGUAUUUUGGGACAAAGAUUCAUGUAAAGAAAUAUUCUUAUCCAAAGCAUCUUCAUUCGGAAAGCCCAUUGAAAUAUUUUAUGAACCUUUUAAUAUUUUCGACAAACAUGCUUCGAGUGUCUUGACUGCUCCAGAUGGCCCAGUUUGGAAAAAACAUCACCAUGUCGUUUCUCCAAGUUUUUCAACUUCCAAUCUCCAAUACAUGUGUCAAGUGGCAACUAAAUCAUGUGAUUUACUUUUUAAUACUAAAUGGAACAAAUUACUUGAAAAGAACAAUAAGUUUAUAUUGGAUGUUGAAGAUUUUGCUUCUGUCACUCUUGAAAUUAUUGGAGAAGCAGGUUUUGGAAUUGAAUUUGGUAUCUUUUCAGAAACCUCAGAUGAAGGAAUGAAAUUUAGAGAAAAUCUCACUCAUGUCAUUCGUUACGAUUACAUUAUUCGAUUUUUCUUUCGAGAAGGUUGGAUGAGAAAAAUUAUUUCACAGCUUGUUGGAAAUGAACAAGCAUUGGAAUAUAUUAGUACAAAAUUGAGUCGAUAUAUUGAACAAAGACAGGAAGAGUUUAGAAAGGACCCAGAGAAGCCCUUGAAUGACUUGUUGUCACAAUUAGUGAAAGCCAAUAUGGGAGAGGAAUCUGAACAGAAAUUGAAUGUGAAUGAACUCAAAUCGAAUGCGUAUAUUUUUGUUGUGGCUGGACAUGAAACCACAAGUACCACGCUUCAAUGGAUCAUGUAUGAAUUGGGUAAAAAUCGACAAGCUCAACAAAAAGUUCGAGAAGAAGCUCUUCGAAUUGGAGGUCAAGAAAAACGAGCACCAACCUUUGAAGAUUAUCCUAAUAUGGAAUAUAUUCAUGCUGUUGUGAUGGAAACUCUUCGUUUGCAUCCACCCGUUCCACAUAUUGUGAAAGAAUGUACUAAAAAAACAACCAUUGGAAAUACCAUCAUUCCAAAAGGAAGUAACAUUAUUCUUCCAGCUCGUACUUGCCAUUUACUAAGUUCAGAUUUCACAAACUCGACACUCUAUCAAUCGACUGAUUUUGCUCCUGAAAGAUUUUUGGAUAAGGAAUUCAAACAACGAGUGAUUUCAUCGUGCAGUUGGUUCCCUUUCAGUUUUGGAAAUCGACGUUGCAUUGGUUAUGUAUUUAGUCAAAUUGAAACUUGCAUGAUUUUGUGUCGAAUGGCUCAAUUUUAUGAAUUUACAUUAUUGAAUGAUGAAAGCAAUCCAAAAGAGAAGGUUACAAAUUUGAUUGGAUUGACCAUGAGGCCUUCUACCAAUAUGAAAGUUUUAAUUCAAAGAAUAGAGGACUAA